AACGAGAAGUUGACAGUUCAGACUUCAGUACAAUUUUGUUGACUUUUCUUCGAUGCCCAUGUCGGAUAUUCGCACGUGGAAAAACUUAACGUAAAUUAAUGAAAUAAGAAUAAUUUAUGAGAAUAUACAUUACCAUUAUCUUUUUAUAAUUUACGCUCACUUAACCUGUUGUUCGCCUUUGGAAUAUAUAACAAUCAAAUCAAAAUAAACCCGCAAUAACCUCUUCUAAAAAUAAUGCAGAAAAUUAAAAGAAAAGCUCCAGAAGAUAGUGCUUCCCCACCGAAAAAAAAGAAGGUGCAAUUCGAUGAAUCUAAACCUGACACAGUUAAAGAUUUAAGCAUCAAAGAUAAAAAUGGAAAAAAGGAUUUUGCGAAAGGUAAGAAGUUCAACAAACCCGGGUUUCCGGUUAAGAGUCAGAAAGAUAAACCCAGCUUUGCAAAGGGUAAAUUUGGUUGGAAAAAUGAUAAGCAAGGAUUUAAGGGAAAGAAAGGUCCAGGUGGAAAAGAAGGUGAACCAACAGAGAAGGCAAAAUGGUCGGUAACAAAAGGCAAGGCUGGUUGGAAGAACGAUAAACAAGGUUUUAAAGGUAAAAAAGGUCCAGCAGGAAAAGAAGAUGAACAAACAGAAAAGCCAAAAUGGUCGGAAAUGAAAAAAGAAAAGAAGACUCUUAGACUGGAGAGGCGUAAAGCAAAAGCUUCAGCAGAGAUAUUUGAAAUAUCACACAAAGCUAAACUACUCUCAGCCCAAAUACAAAGGAAAGUUGUAAAACAAGAUUUCCGUGAAAAUUCUUGUAAGGAACUGCAUGGUUUAUUGAAAAAUCAAUACAAAUCAAUAGCACUUACUCAUGACCUGAGUCGAGUUAUACAGGUGUUGUUAAAAUAUGGUUCAGAAGAUAUCAAGAAUGAUAUUACAAAAGAGAUCAUGGAUAUCAUGGUGCCGAUGAUGCAGUCAAAGUAUGCGCACCAUUCUGUGAAACGCAUAUUGAAGUAUGGGUCUGAUGCCAUUCGACACCAGGUUAUUGGUAAAUUGUUUGGCCACAUUGUUGUUCUAGCAGCCCACACAAUUAGUGCACCAGUUUUAGAUUAUGCAUAUGGCGAGUUUGCAAAUAAAAAAGAAAAGUUAUAUAUGCAGCAAGAAUUCUAUGGAGAUAUGUAUAAAAAUACAAAAGAUGACAAAGUGAAAACUCUAAGUGAUACAUACAAAGACAGCCCCGAGAUGAAGUCGGCUAUAUUGCAGUCUUGUAAGGCCAAUGUGCAGAGGAUUCUUGACAAAAACCUUCAUGACAGUGAGCUCUUGCACUCAGUCUUAUAUGACUAUGUGAGGGAGUGUUCUUCAGAAGAUAGAGCAGAAAUGAUCUCUACUCUAAGCCCCCUAAUUGUUCCACUCAGUAAUUCCCUACCAGGAGUCAAUGCCGCUUGUAUAUGUGUGUGGCAAGGAACAAAUAAGGAUAAGAAGGCAAUACUUAAAGUGGUGAAGGAGCAUGUAGUGCCAUUAAGCAAACACAAGACAGGGUACAGGUUGUUGAUUGCCAUAUUUGACUCAGUCGAUGACACAGUACUUGUAAAGAAAACUAUUGUAUCUACAAUUGCCAGUAAUUUGAAGGACAUUGCGAAAGAUCAUUGGGGUAAUAUGACUCUCCAUUGGCUUGUCAAACCGAAGGACCCAGCGGCGUUCCACCCAAGUUUCAUCAAAUUCCUUGAAGAAGGUUUCAAAAGUGGAACCUCGAAAAAGGAUGCGGAUAUUCGUGUAAAUGAAUUGCGAGAGGCGAUACUUCCCGGGUUAAAGGAGGAUAUGGCAGCUGACCCACAGUUCUGGCUCAGUAGCAAAUCUGCUAUGUUACUUGCAAUUGCUGUGUUGUCUAUUGAAUCAUCAAAAGAAAUAUUAGAAGCUCUAGCUCGGGUCAUUUGUAUGGAGAAUUGGAAAAUAAAUGUGAAUGAUAAAGAAGUUUUAGCUGUGGAGGAUGCCGGCAUUCACAUGUGUUUGAAAAAGCUUGCCGCUUUAGAUCAAACACCCUCCAAUUUCACACUGGGCAAUGCUGUUUGUGAAUGUUUAUCAGCGGAAACGCUGAAUGUAUGGCUCCCAACAAACAGAGGAUGUUUCUUCCUUCUGAAAUUAAUCGAGAACAAUGCAGAAACUAUUUCCAAGAAGUUGAAGAAGAAGAUAUCCUCACACGCCAAAAUAUUAAAGCAGCAGUCGUCGGAGGGAGCAAAAUUACUUCUUAAAUCUAUUGAAAAUAAAUAGACCAGUAAAUGAUGAA